CGUUAUCUUCUCGUCCGUUCCUGCCGUCCUUCCCUUUCCUCCGACCACCACCAUGCCCGCCCCGAACUCCCCUAGCAUGCUCAAAAAGGAUGCGAGCGCAGAGACCCGCUCCAUCGCGAGCACCAGCGACAACUCGGCCGACGAUGACAACAAGCUCCUCGAGAUUGGCUACGUCCCAUCGUUCAAGCGCGAGUUCUCCAACGUCGCUACCAUCAGCUUCGCGUUCAGCAUCAUGGGCCUCUGCUCCAGUAUCGCGACCACCUUCAAUACCCCUCUUACCCUUGGGGGACCGACCUCGGUGACAUGGUGCUGGAUCCUGGGCGCGACGAUGUGUUUCACCCUCGGCUCCUCUAUCGCGGAGAUAGUGAGCGCGUUCCCCACCUGCGGAGGCCUAUACACCGCAUCAGCGCAGCUGGUCCCGCGCAACCAGCGCGCGAUUGUCGGCUGGGUCGUCGGCUGGCUGAAUAUCCUCGGCCAGAUCGUCGGGCUGUCGUCGACCGAGUUCGGGCUCGCGAACAUGAUCUGGGCCGCCGUCGUCGUCGGCCGCGGCGACACGUACGAGGUCACGGCGGGGAAGAGCGUCGGGCUGUUCGCGGGGCUGCUCGUCCUGCACGGAAUCCUGAACUGCCUGGCGACGCGCCAGCUCGCGCGGCUGACGAGCGGAUUCGUGUUCAUCAACCUCGGCGCGACGUUCAUCAUCAUCAUCGUCCUGCUCGCGACGACCCCGCGGAGCGAGAUGCACAGCGCGUCGUACGUCUUCGGGAGCGACGGUUUCGUGAACAACACCGGGGGCUGGAACAACGGCAUUGCGUUCCUAUUCGGACUGCUCAGCGUGCAGUGGACGAUGACGGACUAUGACGCUACGGCUCAUAUCUCAGAGGAAGUGAGGCGUGCGGCGUACGCAGCCCCGUCCGCCAUUUUCAUCGCGGUGAUCGGCACGGGCAUCUUUGGAUGGAUCCUAAACAUCGUGCUCGUGCUCUGCUCCGGACCUCUCGAGAACCUGCCCGGCCCCUCCGGCUCGGCCUUCCUCGAGAUCAUGGUCCUGCGCAUGGGCAAGCCCGGGGCGCUGUUCAUCUGGGCGUUCGUGUGCCUCACCGCGUUCUUCGUGUGCCAGACGGCGCUGCAGGCCGCGUCGCGUACGGUGUACGCGUUCUCGCGCGACAAGGGCCUGCCCGACCGCGGCUUCUUCGGGCACGUGUCCACGUGGACGCGCACGCCGCUGCGCGCGAUCUGGCUCGUCACCGUGGUCGCGAUCGUGCCCGGGCUGCUCGACCUCGCGAGCGAUAUCGCGCUCAACGCGAUUUUUGCGAUGACGGCGAUGGCGCUCGACUUGUCGUACAUCAUCCCGAUCUUCUGCCGGAGGUGGUACAGGAAUCAUCCCGAGGUCAAGUUUACGCCCGGGCCGUUCUAUAUGGGCGACGGGAUCAUUGGGUGGAUCGCGAACGUGAAUUGUAUCCUGUGGACGCUGUUCGUGUGCAUCAUCUUCGCGCUUCCUACAGAGCUCCCGGUCAAUGGGAACACGAUGAACUACGCCGCUCCCAUCACCGGCGGCGUCAUCUUGCUCUCUCUCGUCUGGUACGUCCUCGGCGGCCGCAAGCACUACAAGGGCCCCCAGUCGAACCGCACAGACCUCGAUACCGCCGCGCCCGACGACGUCCUCGUCGCCCCCGCAGACCGCGAGAAGGCCGAGAUGCACCAGGUCGUAUGACCGCUGCAUCUCGCCGGCUUCAACAGCCUGUCGCGGCCCUAUACCCGGCGUGCGCCCCCGCUUCCACGCUCGGCCACUCCAGUACGCCCCCGACACUCCCUAACGCGCACCGUACAGUAUAUCCCGAGCUGUCUUGACAGUCCCCCGAUGGCCGUCCUUGUGUCGGGGUGGCAGGCUGCUCCACGAAUCAUACCCCCCUCUAACC